AUGGCUAUGGUUGAUCGUUAUGCCGGAUUAUUCAAAUUAAGAGUUUUUAAAAACCAGUAUGCGAUAGAGUUUCUCUUACCUACCGGUAAACUCUGUAGAGAAUGUGAACGGUUUGCACGAAAGAUUGUUGACAAUAUGAAUGAUACUCCAACUCGACUAAUUGGAAUGA